AUGCCAUCCAGACCCAGGGUCCGGCAACAUGGUCCAUCAUGGAUAAAGCUCCGCGCUGCUGCGCUGAUUUGCUGGCAGGCCAAUUUGCUAAGGUUGUUCUGUGGUCGAAGCACGUUGCGGCAGGGAACCGGCCACGUGCGCGUGCAUUCGAAAUCCAGGAAGGCUAGGGCUGAGCUGCUUGUGGAUGGAGAUCAGCGCGGCAUUGCUAAAACUAAGCAAGCUAUUGAGCUACUGCAAGGAGAAGGGUGGAAUGUCAAGACCACCAUUUUUGCACCGCCAGAAAGAGCUAAGAAUAAGAAAUGGCAAAGUUUCUUAUCAGAGCCUGGCACUUGCCUCGAGGCUGUACCGCGCGGUACGAAUGUCGAGGCCGUUGAUGUGGCCAUUUCGGAUCGGCUGCUUUAUCUAGCUGAGAACAAGAACAUAUGCCUAGCACUCCUGACAACGGACGUCGACUUUGUGGUAGCAGUCCAAACAAUUCUUGCACUCGGCAGCCAGAUUGUGGUAUUAAUUCCAGAGGGAGCAGCAUCCAGUAUUCGAACAUAUGAGUUAGCCGGUGCGCGUGUGUUGCCCUUGCCAAGAAUAUUCCAAGGUGGGCCCAAAGUCAGAGCCAUUCUGCACGCCCAUGGUGGCGGAUCUGUUAAGAAAGCAGAGCCCUGGGUAUAUGCAGCGCACGAUUCUGCGGAUUUUGAAGAGCUUAGUGAGUUUCUACAGUUGCUCAAAUACCGCACAGAUCGCGGCCAUCUCGAACCCUCGAUUGCUAAGUUCUGGUUCAUGCAUCGCUUAGGGGAUCUAACUGCGUUUCCUUUGCAAUGCGGCCUCGCAGAAACGCUGGAAUAUGUGAGAAAGGCAAGUGCAACAGCGCCGUGGAAGCAUUACAGGAACAACUUAGCAUAUUUCCUGCCGAUAUCUUCGACGAGCAGGAGGACACAGAAAAAGAUGAACGAAUACGGCGGCACUACUGCCCGGCAAAUUUUCAAAGGCGGCGGCCCCUUUGUGAUCAAUGACUCUCCCGACAUGGUGGAGCAGGCAUUGAGCAUGAUGGGCUACUUGGACUACAAGCUGAAUGCUGACGUAGCUGAAGCCAUGCUGACAUUUGUGAACGUGCCAGAUAACAAGCUGAAUCUCAGAAAGCGGUGUGAUGCCUUGCCUUUGCCGGGAGACUCCGCUUCCUCUGUGUUGGCAAAGUUGAGGCGGGCGUUCCUGUCGCACGCGACAGAUGGCCAGUGGCGAGUCGCACCCAAGGACACAGAGGUGCGAAAGGAGCUUGUGAAACAAGGUUUUUUGAUUGAUCCAGCCUUGCCGCGAAGUUCGGUGCUUGUCGCUAUGAGGAAGUUUGCGCGGAGGUACAACCUCCCAGAAAUGCGCAGCUACAAUGGGUAUCUUCUCAGGGUGUUGCACCAUAUGUACAAUUCAGACCCCAAUCGAACAGGAACUGUUGAGUUCCAGAUCUAG